AUGUCGCUUUUGGAGAGCCAUCUCGAGCAGAUUACCCUCUCUGCCAACGCCAUCGCCGACUUGUCAUUCCCUCCACCCAAAAUAUUCACCAACGCUUUGCUUGAUACCCCUGACAUCACAGCCCUAAUUAGAGACACCGAAGUCCACGAACGCGCGCUAUUCACUCUCGAUGCAUCCGCCAAACCCUCUCAAAGGCGAGCAACGCGCCGAGGAACGACGUUUCCAGCCGACACUCAGCGGGAGACGAUGGUCAGUCGGAUUAAUGCCGCGAGGAAUAAUCGACAUCAAUCUGCCGUCGCUCGCGUUCUAGGUAAUGAUAUGAUGGAGGAGAUUAGACGCUCGGCUGGGUCAUCCACAAGCCUACAGCGGGGAGAGAUCAACGUUGAAGUGCUGCUAAAGGGCGCCGAGAUUUUGUGCAAUGUCUAUCCCGUCGCUGGUGCCGCCGAAAAAAUCGCAGACCUCCGUUACCGCUAUUCUCAAAUCAGCGAGUCGCUUGUUCGAUUGGAAGCUCGGGUAGUCGACAAUGCUGCUGAAUUAGAGCGCAUGAAUGAGGCAUACGACCGCGACAACGAGAUUGAGUACCAGGAGUCGCAGCAGCAUGACGUACAAGUUACGGAUGAGGAUAUUGAGAGGGAACUAGAGGAGAUUCGUGAACUAGAGCGGAGGAAACAAGCCCUCGAAGACCGUGUGACUGGAAUGUCGCGAGAUCUGGGAGGUCUAAUGAGAUGA